AUGAGCAUGUUCUCGCGAGGUUCCACGCCUCCUGGUGCAUCAUCUCAUCCCACAAUGGCCUCGCAGAAUCCACAGACACUGUCCGAGCCGCCCUCGCAUGUCAUCCAUUCCCCGCUCCCCUCUAGACCGUCACCCCAGCAGCCUGCUCAGACGCUCGAUGAGCUCCUCAGUGGAAUGAGACCCGUUUCACCGCCGCACGAGGCUCCAGCGACGCCCCCGCAGCCGCAACAAACCUUCCAACCACCACCACCAGUCUCUCAGCAGUCUCAGGACAGAGCAAACAUGGAUCUCCUUGCUCUUCUUAGCAAUGCUGCCGCCAGCGCGUCUCCUGCCAGCGUCACAAGCUCACAACCAGCCCAGAAACCAAAUCCAAUCCAGGAUUCAUCAAAUGCAGGUCGCAUGUUACUCGACUCGCUACUAAGCUCGACAGCUCCCCAACCACCCGCGCAGAGACCAACAGAGUCGGAGCGAAGUCUCCCUCGUCAAGAGCUCCCGCUUCCUCCUCUACCUGCGGAACCUCCACUUCCACAACAACAGCCACAGCAGGCUCCUCGCAAGACGGCUUUCGACUUUGUAUCGCCCAUGGAUGCAUUCCAGCCUCCCUCUGCAACCAAUCCUCCUUCUAGCUUGCCCAAACGCACAAAAACUCUCGAAUCAGAACCGUCUGGUGCAAAUCCAAUCACCUACAACCCCCCACAAACUACCUCUUCUCCCCUCCAUGGCGACUAUAACGCCAGCGCAGGAGAAUCCCAGGACGGGGUCGGUGAGACCAAACGCAAGUCGAUUGACCUGCUCGAACAGCUCACUCGUGCUGCUCCUCCCAUUUCCCACCAGCCCAUCGAGUCGGCAUUUGUACCUCCAAUGACCUAUGGUGCCCCUCAGCCUGGUCCUGGUCCAUAUCGAGGUCCCUCUGGUAGUGCCUCGACACCCCCAGCCAUCCUCCCAAGAGAUCAGUCUCCAGGACUGCUCGGCCAGACUCCUCCGAGCACCAGUCCUGCACUCGGACCCGUUCUCGUCGGUCAGAAUCAGGCUUCAAACCCUGCUCGUGCUUCCCCGACACUCAAACCCAGAGGUCUCGCUAAAAAGGAUUGGAAGAGCAAGAAUGCCGGCGACUUUUUGAAGACUCGAAGCCCCGCCGGUCCUCAGUCUUUUACCAUGGAUCUUUCCCUCCCACUCGCCGCAACGAGCGCAUCGAGCGAUCGUUUGCAUAUCACUCCCAUUGCGCUCUUGAAGCUCGAGUCCAUCUAUGUGCCUGGCUGCACUAUUGGUGUCUCUCACUGGAUUGCGUAUGCCAUGACCAAGGGCCGAGUGCGUCUCAUUGCCCGUGCAAACGGCGCACGCGCUCUCCUCAAGCUCCCCGGCACCUUUUCCGUCAACUCUUCCAUUGUCGAUCUCGUCACUUCUGGCAACAGACUCGCCGGGGUCACGUCAGAUGGUGGUUUUGUCGUCUGGGAGGUUCCACCAAUGGUCGACGACGAUAUACCCUCUCUCCUCCUUGUCUCGGUCCCACCAAGCCCAGGCAACCCGUACAAGACGAUCAAGUGGCACCCCACCGAUCCCGACCUCUUGGCUCUCGCGACCACUACUGAAAUCCAUCUAAUCAACGUCCAAAGGAUUUACAAUGCUCAUGCUGGAGACUCCAUCACCCAAAACACUCUGAUCAACGAUGCAGAAGUUUUCCCGGCCGCGCCAGGAAACAACAUGCGCAUCCCAGGCGGUGAUCUCCCACCGUUGAGGCCAGAGCAGCAUAUCGCAGCCUUUGCGUUUGACGCAUCCCACAAUGGUCUCGCCACCAUUUCCCAAGAGGGCACGCUCAACCUCUGGUCGAUUGGUUCGCAACAGCCACCGAGCUAUCAAGUUCACGCGAGCUAUGGCCAGCAGAUGAGCUAUGGCCAAAACGAGCAGCAACUGCUCUGGUCUGGAAAGAUUCCCGGAGAGGGCUCGCCGUCUUCGCUCUUUUUCAUGGACCAGGCCCAAGGCAUGAUCGUCGGUCGUAAGCGCAACACAGUCAUCCAGCUCGUUUCACCCAAGAGCACAAAUGUCCAGGCCACGGUCAAAUUUGUCUAUGGCAAUGGCGUCUUUGGUGGUGGUGCGUCUGCACCCGAUGAUCGCGACUUUUUCGCGCAUCUCGCGUAUGACCCGCGUAUUCGAUGCAUCUGGGCGGCGUCUUCCCAUCGCUCGAGUCUGAUGGCCCUCCGCGUCGUCUCGCCCGAGGCGACAAAGGCCGGGGUAGAGGCACCGUUGGCGUUUGAGCAAAUACUCGAUUUCCCGAUUUUGCAUCCUACGAUCAGCUUGGGUAUCCUCGUCUCGAGCGAUGCCAAUGGAAUGGAGGAAAUGGAACGAGGUUCGUCCGGGAUGGACAUGAACAAUGGUGCUGCACCGGGCUCUGGAGGCGAAUUGGAAAUGGCGCUCGUUGCCUAUGUGAUUCACGCUGGUGGUGUCGACCAGGUGCUCAUUGGAAAACAAGAUCUCGAGACGGCGUCGCAGGCUGCCUUGGUCAAAUUGCCACCUGUCCAAAACCCACCCAUUCAGCGUCAAGAGUCGCCUUCCAUCGCGGCUGCAGCAGCUCCUCCCGCGAAUCCUGGGAAUGCUCCCGCCAGUCAUCCAAGUGGACCUCGAGAGCAAAAGAAGAGUAAUGCUCCUGUUCCUGUUCUUCCACAGCAGCAGCAACAACAGCAGCAACCUCCACCUCCGCAACCCACGACUUACAACGAGCCUCCGCCGUCCUUUGGCACGUCCGCCCCAGCGAAUCUACUCACUCCUAGUCAAAACUAUGGGCCGAUGGAUAGCAAUAGCCCCCAGCGACCUCGUAGUCCUGUCAGCGAGGUUGAGCCCGAUACGGCCGAGACAGUCGGCGACGUGCGAUCUGGAGAAUCUUCGAGCAAAAAGGGACGACGGGGACGUGAUCGAAAGGGACAUCAUGCCAACCAAGAUCGUUCCGCUGAGGCUGCUGGAAUCGCGAGUGAUGCGAGCUCGAACAUUAUACGCGAGAUUCAAAAGGUCGAGGAUGGUCUCCAGAACAAGAUUUCGACCGUUGUCACCAAAGAAUUCAGAGAUCAGCAGCGAAGACUUGAGCAGAUGCAUGAGCAGGACCGCUUUAAUGCUCUCGAGUUCCAGGACAGGCUCUCCAAAAAUCUCUCGACCGAGUUGGUCAAGAAUAGCGGUCGUGUGUUUGAAGCGGCGCUCAAGACGGAGGUUCAGCGCACGAUUCUCCCGGCCAUUGAGAUGAUUACCAAAAACGAAGUCCGACAAGCCUUGGAUGCGCAAAUCGUCCGCGGUAUCAGCGAGUCGAUGAACCACACGUUGCCUAACGAGAUUGAGCGGCUCCUCUUGCGACCAGAUGUUUCCACCCACGUCGCGCGAACAUUUUCGUCUGCGGUGACUCCGUUGAUCGAACGACAUGUCAAGGAGUCGAUUACUCGUGUUCUCAUCCCGUCGUACCAAGAUUCGACCUCGGAGAUGUACGACCAGCUCUACCGCGAGAUCAACGAGGAGAUUCUCAACCUCAAAAAGGAGAUUGUCACUUGGCAGAGCGAGGCCCUCAAGGGACAAGAGUCACUUCUUCGGGAGAUGGAGCUUUCGAUCAGGACAUUGACAGAUCAAGUCAAGACUCUUACCACGCAGCGCUCCGUCACGCCGUAUCAUAUGCAAAGCCAUCGCUCGUCGCCAGCGCCCAUCCCUGCUCACCUUCGCCAGCAGCCUCCGGCGCCUACCCACGGCCAAAUCGACAAGCUCGCAAGCAUUGGCGCGUGGCAACAAAUGUCUUCGGGUCUAAAACCAGAGGCUCCCGCGCCUCAGCCACUCGCUAAUGUCCCUCAAUCGUACCAAGCGCUCCCUGCUCCCAUGUCGAUGCCACCCCAGAAUCAAUAUGCGCCUCCUCCCCAGCAGCUUCCGAUGCCGCAGUACCGACAUGACACGCCGGAAGAUUGGGAAAAGGUGUUUUUGCAAGCAUUGUCCAACUCGGAUAUCCGUGCUUUGAGGGAGACGCUGGCACAUUGCCCGGCUGACAAGGUGAUGCCGCUCAAUGGACCUCUGUUGGUUGGCCAGACGAUCAUCUUGAGCGUGAUCCACAAGCUCGCUGGCUGUCUCGCCGAUGUUGAGACGAUGGACGAAUCCAUCUCGCUCCUCUGGUGGCUUACGCGUGCAUCUCAAGUCUUGGACGCUCAUGACCGAAUCAUUCAUGACUAUCUCGACAAGAUGCUGCCCAACAUCCAGGAGAACCUCUUCCGUGCUAUCCCUCGCUUUGUUUCAGCUGGACCGCAGUACAAUCGCCAACUCAGCGACUUGCUGCAAACCCUCGUCAUCAAGGCGCACCAUCAAUAA